CCCAUUUCUCUCUGUCCUAUCUAACAAUGAUGACAUCAAUAACAACCAUAAUAAUAACUACAACAAUAAAACAAGAGCAACUAAAGGGAAAAUAAAUAAAAUAUAUAAAAAAAUAUUUAAAAUAAAAUAAAAUGAGGGAGUAUGCAAUGAGUAGGGACUGUGUGUAGAGUUUGCCAGUUGACAUGCCCCUUGCUGCUUCACCCCUACCCGCCACUCACCAGGCGCCGUUAACAAUGGCAGCAGCCAACGUGAGCUCCCCAGCAGUCUUCGUGCUCCUGGGCUUCUCUGCUCGACCCUCGUUGGAGCCGGUGCUCUUCAUCCUCGUCUUGGGUUUCUACACGGUGUCGCUCUUGGGCAAUGGCCUCAUCAUGCUGGCCUCAUGUUUGGACCCGCACCUGCACACCCCUAUGUACUUCUUCCUGGCUAAUCUGUCUUUUCUGGACAUCAGCUUCACCACGAGCAUCGUGCCCCAGCUCCUGACCAACCUCUGGGGGCCGCAGAAAACCAUCAGCUACGGAGGGUGUGUGGUCCAGUUCUAUGUGUCGCACUGGCUGGGGGCCACCGAGUGCGUGCUCCUGGCAGUCAUGUCCUACGACCGCUAUGCCGCGAUCUGCAAGCCGCUGCACUACACGGUCAUUAUGCACCCGCGCCUGUGCCUGCGCCUGGCCCUGGGCUCCUGGCUCGGGGGCCUGAGCACAAGCCUGGUGGGCUCCACGCUCACCAUGCUGCUGCCCUUGUGCGGGCGCAACCGCAUCGACCACUUCUUCUGUGAGAUGCCCCUCAUCAUGCAGCUGGCCUGCGUGGACACUCGGCCCAACGAGCUGGAGAUGUACGUGGCCAGCUUCCUCUUCGUGGUGCUACCUCUGGGCCUCAUCCUGAUGUCCUAUGGCCACAUCGCCCGGGCCGUAUGGCAGAUCCGGUCAGCAGCAGGGAGGAGGAAGGCCUUCAACACUUGCUCUUCCCAUGUUGCCGUCGUGGCCCUGUUCUAUGGGAGCAUCAUCUUCAUGUACCUGCAGCCGGCCAAGAGUAGCUCUCAUGAGCAGGGCAAGUUCAUCGCUCUCUUCUACACCGUGGCCACCCCCAUGCUGAACCCCCUCAUCUACACGCUGAGGAACAAGGAUGUGAAGCAGGCCCUCAGACACGUGGUAUUCAGGGAAUGCUGGGGCUCCUCAAAGACUGUAGGGCAUAGUUAG